AAGCGGGAGCUGGGGGAGAACACGCCGCUGCUGUCUGAUGAGGAGCUGAUGGGGUUGUCGGUGCGGGAGCUCAACCACCACCUGCGGGGCCUGUCCAAGGAGGAGGUGGCGAGGCUGAAGCAGCGCCGGCGGACGCUGAAGAACCGGGGUUACGCUGCCAGCUGCCGGGUGAAGCGCGUCUGCCAGAAGGAAGAGCUGCAGAAGCAGAAGAUGGAGCUGGAAUGGGAGGUGGAUAAGCUGGCCCGGGAGAACGCUGCCAUGCGCCUGGAGCUUGACACCCUCCGUGGCAAGUACGAGGCCCUGCAGGGCUUUGCCCGCACCGUCGCCACCCAUGGGACCCCCGCCAAGGUGGCCACCGCCAGUGUCAUCACCAUCGUCAAGUCCAGCACCAACCAGGCCGCCUAUUCCUAG